AAUGGCUUUACGAGGGGUUUUCUCGAUACGGACCGUGAGUCUGGGUUGCUGUGGUGGUCAUCCAAAGCAGCAGAGGGCCGGGCGAGUCGAAGCAGAGGGCGAGCUUCAAAUUGUGCAAGAGGGCGCUCUUUUCAGUUGGGAAGCAGGUGGAAAGCUUCUGAAGGGUUGGUGGGGAACCCUGGAUGGACUAGAAGAGGUUCUGCUCAAGCCUACAAGCUUGAAGGUGGAGCAGGCAAGGGAUCUGAAUGUGAAUUGACGUCCUGUCUCAAAAGGCGCAAUACAUGAUGGCGGGGGCAUCACAAUCAAAGCGCCUUCUCGUUGCCUGCCUUCUACUCUCCCUCGGGCUAGCAUCCGCCGCUGGCCCGACCGUGGAACCAAUUGGUGCCUCGGACCGGUCGGCAGCAGUGUCGCUCUUCAAGGUGCAAGACGAUGGAUCAUACGGCGGCCUUAAAGAGACGUACGAGGCGGCCAAGGUGUUUGCGGCCCUUGACAGCUUCCCAGCAGACCCCUCCAAAACCUUUGCCUAUCUGAAGGGCGUUAAGCCAGGGGACGUGGAGGCCGCGUUCUAUGCGAUCGGCGCCGCGGCAGCCUUGAAGCAUCCCGAGGCGCAGAUGAGCGGGCAGAUCCUGGUGGCCAGCGAGGGGCUGUCGAAGGGAACGACGUUGGAUGAGCUGUACCAUGGGGCAGUGGCCCUCGCAACAGCAAAGAAGGCGGGAUGGCUCAAGAAGAACUCGGUGGACAAGAAGACCCUCCAGGCAGCGUUGAAGAAACUACAGGCGUUUGUGACCGAGGAUGGCAGCUGGAGGUCGGUCGACGACGACUCGGAUGGGACAGCUUUAGCUUCCGGCAAGGGUUUGGAGGCGGUAGCUGCGCUUAUCGAGCUGGGUCUGAGCACGUCCGAGGCUGGGGUCCAGGAGAUCAAGGGCUCGGUGGAAAAGCUCGUCGGAUCUGCCGAGGCGUCCGACGACAGCUUCGUCUUCUUCGACGCCAGCAGCGGUAGCCCCCUCUUGUCGACCGCCGCUGUGGCAAAAGGGGCGCUCUCCCUGUCAGCAGCGUUGGGCGAGUCUCUGCCGAUCGUCGAGAAGCUCCCCGGCGUCGCGCAGUAUCUGCUGGCCAGCAAAUCCACCAGCUCGCCGGUGCUCCUGUCGGAAUUGGUGGACGCCCUUUCGAUCAUCUCAACCAACAGUUUCUCGGUCCCGCUGGUCGUGUCCCUGGCCAAGACGUCUCUGUCGCUGAAGAGCAACGACAAACUCGAGGUGUCUGUGAGCACGCCGCUCGGCGCCCCCGUUGCGGCGCCCGUCACGCUCAAGCGCGCCAAGCGAGCGGGGGCAGAGAACGCGCUCUUUACAAACGAGAACCUUGAGGGCGGGGCGUUUGACUUCUUAGCCUCCAAGCCGGCGGUUGGGAAGUACACGCUAGUCCUUGAGGUCGAGGCGCCGGAGAGGCACGCCGUCGUCAGCCCCGUCAAGAAGGAGCUGCGGGUUCUCGGGAGUGCUACGGUGUCUGACGUCAUGCUGACCGUGGAGGACGAUGGCGGCGCCAAGAAGGAACACAAGGUGCCCGCCUCCAAGGACAGCUUCAGGGCCGCCAAGGUGUCUGCAACGCACAGCGACAAGCUGGGCCUCCAAUUCAAGGUCAUCGGGCCCGACGGCGCCGCUUUUGCGCCUCAGCAGACGUUCGUCCGCCUGGCUCACAAGUCUGGUGUGGACGCCCUCUUCCCGGCCAAGGGCGCUGGCGGCGCGUACAGCUUCGAGCUGGGCCUUGGGGAAGUCCGCGACAAGAUGUACCACCAGUCGGGAGCUUACACGUUGGAGCUUAUCUUGGGGGAUCCCUUCAUCGAAAACUCGCUCCAUACCGUAGUCGCAAACCUAGACCUCAAGCUGCCCCCGGCCCCCGAGGGCGCCCCGCCGCCGCCCGCCGACCUCAGCGAGGACGUCGCACCCCCCGCCGAGAUCGCGCACAUUUUCCGGGAGCCGGAUAAGCGGCCCCCCACAGCGGUGUCGACGCUUUUCACCGCGCUGUCGCUCGUGCCCUUCGUUGGAUUACUGAUCGGGUUUGCCGCGUUGGGCGUCAGCUUCAAGGGCUUCCCCAGCAGCGGCCCCGCCCUCAUCAGCGCAGUCAUGUUCCACACGGGCCUCGCUGCGAUCGCGGGGCUCUACGUCGUCUUCUGGUUGAAAUUGAACCUGUUCCAAGUUUUGGGAGCAUUAGCCGUUUUAUCGGUGUUCACAGCAUUCUCGGGGCACUUCAUUUUGUCGUCGUUAGCAGACUCGAAAGUAAAAACGGCCUAGCUAGAGCAAUCCGCUCUUGUAACCAAGCUAAGCGCUCCGAUUAGGGGCAAAGAGAUCCUAUUCAGCUUUCUUGGUGAGAGGUCGACAUUGUGCUCUACUUGCUCAAGUCGAUGUUAAGUUGAGAAGGAAAGGAACAUGGUUUUGGACGAAGAUUACCAGAAGUACUCUCAACCAUGCGCUGUGUGACGAUCAUCGGAAAGACCUUUGCGUGGUUACUGCAAGGUUACUACAAAUUUGUCUUUUCGGAAUUGAGG